AUGGAUAAGGUAGGAUAUCUGGGGCACCGAGUGUCGAUAGGAGGUCUGGAGGCGAACCCAAAAGAUCUGAAAUCCCUGACCGAUUUACCAUUCCCCGGAUCACUCCGAGCCAUGCAGUCGUUCCUGGGUAGUUUUAACUACUACAGCCGGUUCAUUGAAGACUACGCUAUUUACGCCUCGGUGCUAUAUGGACUACGCGAGGUGGAGUUAGCAGAACUGGAGAAACGAUCGGAUCUGAGGAAGAUAAUGGACCAGAACGACCCGAUUGCACAGGAUCACGACCCACCAGAACCGCAGCUGGCGGAACCAAUAGAUGAGAGGUGGAUCAGGGCGCAUGAGGCCUUCAUCACCCUGAAAACCAAGAUCGCGACGACUCCAAUUCUCCGCCACUUCGACGAGACGAGAACGCCGGUAGUUAUUGUAUAUGCCAGUGAUUGGGCGCUAUCCGCUUCGUUGACGCAAGAACACGACGGUAUCUACCAUCCAGUUGCGUUCGCCAGCCGCACCCUGAAGGCGAACGAGUUGAAUUGCAAUGUGACCAAAAAGGAGGUGUUGGCGUCGCUGAGGAUCUUGGAUCUCUACUACAACUUACUAGUAGGAUGUGAGAUCCGAGUCCUAACAAGGCAUUCCACGUUAGCCUGGCUGUUCAGGUCGACAGGAUUACAGGAUCGCCUAGGGCAGUGGUCAGCUCUCCUAACCCCGUGGACCCUCGAGAUCACGAAGUGCACGAAAUGCGAGGACGAGAUACUGGGGGCGAUGGCUGCCAGCAUCACGUCGAGGGCGAAGGUCAACGACGCUCUGACCGACAUCGCUCCCCGGAAAAUAGCUAAACGCUGGAUCCACGCGCCGAUACCCACCGUAGAUCGAGAAGAAGAAUUAUGGGUGGUCAGUUUUGUCGGAUCCGCUCGAGUGAAGCGUGGCGGGGGCGCGUUCAGCGCGAUCGUGUGGAGUCUCCCCGGAUGGGAGAGCCUCACCGUGAACGAAGCAGAAUACAACGGCCUGAUCCUGGGACUCAACAUGCUAGAGGACCUAGAUCACAAACGCCUAGUGAUCUGCGGUGAUUCCAACUUAGUGAUCCGACCAGUACGGGGCGAGAUCGAUUGUAAAGCACCCGGGGUGACGCUAUUGAAGCGGAAGGCCCUCGAUCGCCUGAGGAAAUGGAACGAUCACGAACUAGUGCAUGUGAAGGGAGACUGGAAUGGGAGUGCCGACAGUCUAGCGAAUCUGGUUACCCUGUACCGGUUGGACGAAAUCCUGAUUCCCAAGACCGAGAACCCAGUGGUGCGGGUUGCAGCGGUCACCACCCCAGCUUUUCGAAUAAGAUCACCUGCGGGUGUCAUGGAAGAGGACCUGAUCCGGGAGAUGCGAGUCGAUGGGAUCAAGCAGGCUCAGAAGGAGGAAGUCUGGAUCGCAGGUAUGAAGAAGUAUCUGAGUGGCUCGAUCGCAGACCUCACGCAAGCAGAAGCAACAUCGUACGGCAAGAUCGCUGGCGACUAUGAGGUGGACGAACCAGAUCUACGCUUCUACUGCCCUCCCACACAGAGAUCGGGGGAUGAUCGCGAUCGUUCCGAAACACUACAAUCGGACAUCUUGCAUAACUAUCACCCUACGCUGGAAGGAGGACAUCAGGGAGUGGGGCGUACCUACCAGCGGAUCAGGGAUCACUUCCACUGGAGAGGAUUAUAUCGGAGCGUUCAGCGAUAUGUGGGGGAGUGCGUGGGCUGUGAAACGGGAAAAGGAAAACCGGUGAUCCGAGGUGAAUCACCAGGGAACUUGCAGACGACAUACCCGUUCCAGAUCAUUGGUAUGGAUCAUAUACUGUCGCUGCCCAGAUCCCACAAGGGGAAUACUGAGUUGUUGAUCUGGGUUGAUCUGUUCACAGGAUACGUGAUCGGGAAAGCUAGCUCAUCCCGGUCGGCCCAGACGGUCGCGGAAUCGUACGAAGAGAAUAUAUAUCGACGAUUCGGUGCCAGCGAGAUGAUCCGGCAUGAUUGA